GGUGCCCCUCGCUAAUAGCUAAUGCUAACAGGUGCCCCUGUCUAUUUCAGGGCUCCAUACGGAAAGGCGGUGGACAUGUGGUCUGUGGGCUGCAUCCUGGGGGAGCUCAGUGACGGGCAGCCCCUCUUCCCGGGGGAGAGCGAGAUCGACCAGCUGUACACCAUACAGAGGGUGUUAGGGCCUCUGCCACCUGAGCAGAUGAAGCUGUUUUACAACAACCCCCGCUUCCAUGGCCUGCGGUUCCCUACAGUGAGCCACCCUCAGACCCUGGAGAGGAGGUACCAGGGUAUAAUAGGUGCCGUCAUGCUGGAUCUGCUGAAGAACCUCCUGCUGCUGACCCCAUCGGAGCGCUAUCUGACUGAGCAGAGCCUGAACCAUCAUGCCUUUCAGACCCAACGUGUGACAGACCGGUCCAACCCAAUUUCACCUACACCUGUCCGCUCCUUAAAGAAGAAGCUUCACCACAAUGAUAACAACACAUCCAGCAGGACCCAUGGAAGCAAAAGCUCAGGGCAUCAUCGCUCCAGCAGCAAGGAUUGCUCCAGCCUGCACCGCCAUGACGAUCUGCACCCCAGCAAUGACAACUUCCUCAAUGGGAACAUGCCUGCCUCCUCCAGUCUCAGCCCUACGCUGCACCCCAAAUCCUAUCAGUCCCUGAACCGCUCGGCCUCCUGCAGCAAGGACUUGGCCAACAACAAUCAGCCUCACCUUCUCAGCCCCAAGGACACCAAGGGCAAAGCAGAGUUUGAUUUCAACACGGGGCAAAAGGCUGCUGACGGCACAGGUUCCAAAUACCUGAAGGGCUCUUCUCGCUCCCAGAAGGGCCAGCACUCCUUCACCGAGGGCAAGACGAGCACGCUUCAGUCCGGCGAGAAGCACAGCCGGCACGGCUACGUGGAGUCCUCCCACGGCUCCAUGCCUUCCUCCACUAAAAGUUCUUCGUCCUACAUGAACCUGUCCAAGAGCCACGGGACGCUUUCCGACGCCAAGUCAGUGGGCAACCUGAGCGAUGCACAGAGCUCCUGCUACUUUCCUUCCAGCUGCCUGGACCUGAAUGCUCAGUCCAGCCCGUCGGUCCGGCACCGGGACUGGCCAGCCCCAAGCCCAUCUGGCCGCAGCACCCUGGACUCUCGGCGCUCUUCCACCCGCCACAAAAACCUGGAGGAUGGCAAAUCACCUGAGCUCCUGGACACUGGUGGGGGAGGGGGGCACGGACACUCCCUCUCUGCCCCCCACGAAUCGUACCCCUACGGCCUGGGCUACACCAGCCCCUUCUCCUCGCAGCAGCGUCCCCACCGUCACUCCAUGUAUGUGCGACGUGAGAGACAGAGGGUGCACAGGCCAGACGUGACGAGUCUGACGGUGGGCCAGGGGUUAUCUACACGUGCCAGCAGCCUGCAGCUCCUCUCUCCUCAGCUGCAGCACCGAAACUUGACCCACCACUCACUAGGCUCAUCUAGAGAGGACUGCACGGACGACAGGAGUGACCCGUCUCCCACAGAUGUGACGCACACCAGACCCCCGAUUAAAGAGUCCACGCGGGACACUUCAGCACCAUUUCACACACAGCGCCAAACAAACGAGGUGGGUAUGUACCCAGAACCGCAGACCGAAGAUGGAGUUUCUUCCCAGGAGAGCCGCACCAUCUUUAGCAACUCCAUGCCCAGACGGAUAGGCAGCUUCUACAGGGUGCCGUCUCCCCGACCAGACAACACCUUCCACGAGAGCAACGUCCAGAGCCGCGGAUCCACGGUGGCCGGGGACAGCGGCACCAUGAUCAACAGCUCCAAGCGGCAGACCACAUUCGACCCAUGGAAUAACUCAGAGACCAUGAACCCUCCUGAACCGUCCAAAGAAAAGGAGAAACAGGGCUUCUUCAGAGCAAUAAAGAAGAAAAAGAAGAAGUCUCAAACGGUUCCUGGUGAUGGACAGGACACCCUAGUACAGAACUCCAGUAGGCUGUCCUCACACAAGAGCAGCCGGCACAAGAACCGAGACCAAGAGAGGGAACGGGAGAGAGACAGAGAGCGAGAACUUGACAGGGACAGAGACAGAGAUGUUGAAUGGUCUUCAGAGAAGGUGACUGAAGUACCUCCUCAGACCCAGCCACUCAAGUCUCUGCGUAAGCUCCUUCACCUCUCCUCGUCCUCCCACCACACCCCGUCGUCUGAACUGCGCUUCCAGCACCUGCCCAACCCCCAGUCCAAAGGGGGAUUUGUCGAAGGGCGUGGUCACUCCGUCAGCGGGUCCUCACAGGCCAAAAGCUGCCCUACAGGCUACCCCCUACCAGGGCAGGUGGAGUCCAACUGGCAUACGUCGGCUCUCGGCCGUGGCGACGCCGGCACCUACCCCGACCAAAUGCCCAGCAAAGCGGAACAGAAGGGCCACGGCUUCGGCCGUUCCUCUCGCCUGCGGAUGCCAAACCUCAACGACCUGAAAGAAACCGCUCUGUAGACCAACACGAUGCCCGUGUCCCUGCCCUGACCUCUGACCUCUUCACAGCUCAGUCUGCUGCCCACUGAGCUGCCUGUAUUACAACACGCUCGACAGCAGGAGUGUGGAACACAGGGUUACCCUUGGCCUAGGGGUAGUGCUGUAUACGUCUUAGAUUUUUUUAAGCUUAAAUAUUUGAUAGAAUUUGUAAUAUUUAUGAGUACAAUUUUUGUUUGAACAAUAUAAAUAAUUGAAAACUAUGUAUAUGGUUAAAUUAAAUUCAGUAUAUAUGUGAGAGCUUUAGUUUCUACACAGAGUAAGUAUAUUAAGUUUCUCGCAUAAUUAUUCUAUUACAAUAUGAAUAUUUAGGUGUUCGUGUCAAAAAACUAGGUUGUUCAGAACAUAUGGUAUUGUAACAAAUAUAUUUUUUGGUUCUUAAUUUGGUUUUAUUCCUCCUUGAUUGUGUGGCCUCUGACCUUAAUUGGAGAUGCAAUCAUAAAGGUUGUUUUUCUACUCAGAUUGGCUGCAGUACAAUACUCAUUUAACCGGCUCACUCUGUUUUACAUGUCGUACAUGACGUUUUUAUAUCCUGUCUGUUGAUUAUAAGUACUAGACAGGACAUUUAACGACUUAAGAAAAUGUAAGACGGCCUUUGUGCAGCCAUGUCAUUUUUAUAUAACAUAGUAUAUUAAUGGUUCUGUAUAACAGUUCUAAGAGAUUAGAGGUUUGUGCAUUACCAAGGUUUGCCCGUAGAACUACUAUUAAUUACUUUUUUGUGUUUUGUUUGGACUGUGGGCUAAAUGACAGGGAUAUGAUGAUCCCUAGAUGAAUCCCUGGCUUAUUCUGGGAAAAAAUCCGUGGGAGGUUGGGUCUGUGGCUAUCGAGUGCCCCACUAGUGUCCUUCCAGACCUGGGAAUGGGAAUAGCUUUGGUUGUGAUGCCAUAUGCUAGCCGCUAAUGGACACUGCAAGAAGCAGUAUGUUUUCUACUGAUCACUGCCCAAAUUGAACAUUUUCCAGUUAGUCCUAUGAAAGAAGAGUUUUGAAUAUUUUGGGGUGUAUCUGGCUUUAGGUAGAGUAAGCACUUUCGGGGCCACAGAACUUCAGUAGUUUCUGGCGGUUACCCCAUUGAUUGUAUAUAACUAAGGGAACACAAGUUUUGUCCAUGCACUACAGAAGGAAAUGACAGAAGCAUUGCUUCCUGAAAGACCCCAUGCUACCCACUUUGUUGCAGGAAUGACUCUAGAGCAACUGCUCCUACUUUAGUGGGAGUCGUUUCUAGUUGCCAUGAUAUUUUUGUCCAGCAGAUGGAGCCAUGCUAAAAAUGCUCAUGAGCAUCCUAACGCCUCAAAAUCCUGCAGGAUGUAAACAUUAAGUCCUGCUGCCCCAGUCAUUAAACAUUAUGUCGCACGUAGACAGGGAAACAGUUGCCAAUGGUUACAUUUAUCAAGUGUUUAUGGAUGAAAUUACAGGACAUAGUGUGUGUCCUGUAUGUAGUCAAUAACCUGGAGAAAUAAAUCUGAAUCUAAACCAUAUCACCACUAUUUAAUGAGUAAAUACAGAUGCAAAUGCAGCAAUACAGAAAUAUUUAAUUCAAAAUGAUUUAAGAUUAGAAAGUACUGUAGAUUAGGUAUUUUGAGUAGUUGUUUUCAAAUUUUACUGUAUUAUAAAACUGUAAAUUAUAUUUUGAUAUAAUGUGUAGCUUAAGGAUCUUUAAGACCAUUUAAGAUUCAAAUAUCAGAGAGAUUUAGCUUAAAUGUAACCCAUUUAUCCUCAAACAGGAUGUAUCACUAUAUUUAUUUUGAUGUGUUAUUAACGUAAGGUAGAGGCUGAUUCUCUGGGUCUUUUGGAUUGGUAGCCCGUAAAUGAGCCAUCUCCUCUGCCCAAUCUGUGUAGGAAAGCACUCUUUAUUCCAAGGUUGGGCAACUACUGGCCUGCGUGGGUCCAGGCUUGGCAGAUCCGGCUGUUUAUUUUCAGGCAGCAGAUUUAGAUCUUAAAUACCAGAUUUAAUCCACUGGCAUGGAUUAAACAACUAAGAGGUGGAGCAGAAUGCCAGCUAACAGACUUGUAAGCCACACGGUCUGGAGUUGCUUUUACUCUCCAGAAAAUCUUACGCAAGACCACAUGGGCCAAAUGUAUGUUGUGUAAUUCAGUUUGAUGAAAAUGUAGGGGGAAAAAAUAAAAAUAAAUGUCUAGUCUUUUAAAAAAUCUAAUGUUGCACUUUAAACUGACUACAGUGAGAUACCUUGUCCCGGCUGUGUUCUGUUCUCACAGUAUAUAACCAAUAUCAAACCCAGGAUAUAGCAUCUCUGGUGGAAACAUUUCUUGGGAACAGAGAACUUGUGUUGAAUUUGUGGUCUGUGUUUCAGGUACAUUAACGUGAAGUAAGUAUUUGCCUUUUCUACGCUACAUACUGUAAGUUAAUAUUUUUCUUUUUCUGCGAUAAUUGAUUAUAAUCUUGAAUAACACAGUGUAUUAUAUUAAUACCAGUGUGUGACUAUCUCUGGUAAUACAUAUACAUGGAAAAAAUAACUUUAUAGAUGCUUAAAAGCAAGUUGAAAGUUUUUAUGAUUGUUAUUCAGACAAUCAAAAUUGUAGCAUUCAGUUUUUUUUUUUCUUUCAUUUUUGUUUAUGGCAAAAUUAUGUUUGAGGUGUUAUCAGACAAAGGAAGAGGGAGGUAAUAUAAUAAAAUGAGGUUUCCCAUUCUAAUAAUGUCUAUAACUAAUGACUGAAUGAUAUGUUGAUUACCCACAUUGUACCUGGUUGUACCUCUCACCAAAAUGGCCUGAAAUGGGACAUAAUCUCACCACUCCUCUCGGCCAGGAAUCUGCUUUGUUUUGUUCACAGAGCAAUGAAGGAUUAUCUGUUUUUCCCACAAGAUAAAUUGACAGAUCAGAAGCAAUAACAUUUAGAUACAUGCAGAAUUCCUCUGGUCUGACACCAAUGUCCAUCCGUCCAGAAUGUUAAGCACGACGCCCAGAGGAGAAACCAGAGCUUUGCAUCUGCAAUGCUGUAGGAGCAAUUAAAUAAUGCAACCAAUGGACAUAAUGUCUGAUAAGAUGUUGUUUUAUACACGUUUCUCAAACUCCCUGCUAUUUUCCACAUAGUAUUUAACAUCUCUCAGGUAAUAACCGAAAUGCUAAGCAUUAGCUAAUGCGUUCUGUCCUAGACUCAUUCUCCAACCUGAAAUCAGAUGAAGCACGAAUGUCACGGGGAAAUAAUUCUUUCUACAUUUGUACUUCUCAUAAAGCUAUAACCGGCAGCUUUGGCCAUUUCUGAAGGUAUUCUUUACAAUUUUAACUGAUGCGGCUACAUUUUUGUGGUCUCCCAGUUGCUGUGUGGCCAUCUCUGUAUGGUCCCCCACUUCCCUUCCGUUACUGACAGGUCCAGCCCGGUGCUUCAGCCGCGAACCGGCGUCUUGGCCAGUUGCUCCUUCCUUGCCUUAAGUCAAUACAGAAACAUUUCAGCUAAGAUGGCCGCCAAAAUGGAGCCCAGUUGAGCUGCUGUGUUUAUCCAAAUAUAAUAUUACCUAAAUCUAAUUCUCCUACUUGUUGUGCAAGACAAAUACACAAAGCUUGAGGACAUUUGAGGAGUGAAAAAUUGAUGUCGUAGAGUCAGAACGCUAAUGAAAUCUGAAAGGUUCUCGUCUUUUAAGGGGUUGUUGUUUAUUCUUGGCUUUUAUUUAUUUCUCAUAUGUUUUCCCAUUUAUUGCCAGUUUAAAUGCCGUUUCUUUGUAUUCUAUGUGGACGCUGUCCCAUGUCUCGUCAAAGCUGCCCGUGGUCAUUUCUGCCGCAGCUUUUUGCGUUUGCGGCGUCAGCCUCCUCUUUUUCUGCGGACCGCUGUCUUAGACCGUUCAGACACCCUUGCCCUCACUGAAAGUUCCUCCUAAAGUACCACACCAUUGUUCACUUUGUGUACUUUUAUAACACUCUCCUGGGUGGAUGGCAAUGGCUUGAUUCAGGGUAACUAGCCGUCAAUAAUAAUGUCAGUUUUCAGGGAUACUUUGCGCAGUGCCGUACUGUACCUUCUCUCUUUGUGACUCCCUUGAUGAUUUGGCUUACUUUCAUUUAGGGUGCUGUUCUUUUUCCCUACUGUCAAAGGGAUUCAAGUCUCUUGUGUCUUCUGCUUAAUUAGUUCACAUGCAUUGUGAUUCUGUGGUUAUGUACUAUGAUAACACUUUGAGUGUGACAUACCAAAAAAUUUAAACAAUAUAUCUGAUUGCCUAUAUUUUAUAAUAUUUAUGUUAUAUACAAAUCUCACCGAUGAAAGACGGGCGAUUUUGGGAUAUUGUAAACAUUGCAAGGCUUUUUAUGUAAACUAAAAUCUUUGCAAAGGUAACAGAUAUGAACCAUACUGCUAACAAUAUUUAAAAAAAUUUAAUAAGACAAUGGGCAAAAAGUCUUUAUAUUAUUUCGGGAUAGAUCAUAUUUAUGGGAUGAGUCGUGGAUAUUUUACAUUGUCAGGAGACAAGACAGUAUGUGUCAACAGAGUAAAUCAGUUCUUAAUGUAGGUAGCUGUGUGUGUUUAAACCUGUUAUAGAAGUAUAGAGACCUCUCCCAGAUCGAUUACUUACAGUAACUAUAACUUAAUAAAAGCCCCCUUUAUGUCACAAUUUGAUUCCUGAUUCUCUUUCUUUGCACAUUUACAGUAUGCUCUAAAUAAGUGAUGCCGUAAACCCAGGAUUAGUCUACUGGUGCGUAUCAUGGGAAAUAUGAUCACAAGAGUGUCAUUGUAAAAGAAAUGUGUCAUUUAUCUGCCUGAUAUUAUAUUUCGUUUAUGUGGUUUACAGUUUACUGUAGGCUACAAUACAAGCUUUUUUUCACUGACCCAGAAUUUUGAUUAGACUAAUGCCUUUGUGUUUUUUUUUAUAAGUUGGUAAGCUGUUUGAUUCAGCACUCAGAACCACUACAGAUCUUUGAAGACCUAUCUGUCGUGCUCAGGGUCGAACCCGCUUGUGUAUGUGCUGUGGGUGAACGGGAUGCUGUAAUGGAACCUGCUGGAAUGUGACGCACCGACACAGGAGCUACACAGUGUCUGGAUCAAAGUGCCAUGUAUAAACAAAGGACUGAGAUGCUGUUCCUUCAUGUUCUUUGUGCUAUGCAGCAGAAAUGUUACUCAGAUAUAGCCACAGAACUAGCCACUUUCCUCCUAAAUAUUGUGUCUGAAUCCUGCGCAUACCUGUCCAUCGACUGUAUCCGAGCUGGUACACACUGAUGAGCAAAGCUUUCAGCGUUUUGUUUUGCUGUGCUUGUCUUUUGUUUUCAUAAUAGUCAGGUCCUCGAUGCUACUGUUCUAGCAGGUGUCGUGUGCGCAUGUCUUUUGUCGAUGUAAAUAAUAUCAAUGUUAAAAUACUGGCAUGAAAAUGGUCCAUUUUUACUAAGCACAUUGUAUAUUUUUUGACCUUGCAGAACAUGUCUUUAUUAAAAAUACAGGUUUCUCACUUCA